UUGCAGGGUUACUUGGGUGAGAAUACAUAUAGUGAGAGAGGAAUUUUACAAUGCUAGCUAUAGGUUUUUGUCUUUAUGGUACAACUUAAAAUUGUACCUUUAACGUUAUGGUACAACUUCAAAUUGUAUCUAUAUUUUUUGUGCAACUUUUUUUAUGGUACAACUUGAACUUGUACCUUUAUGUGAUGGUACAACUUCAAGUUGUAAAGUUGUACCAUAACAUAAUGGUACAAAUUCAUUUAUGGUACAACCUAAACUUAUACAUUUAGAGACAAUAACAGGGAUGAAUGUGUAUCUCCAUGGAUGGUUCAGUUGUCCCCUCGCCUUCGAGUACCGCAGCGGGGGGAAUCCUUCGAAGCGACAGUGGCAGGUUUAUCAAAGCUUUUGCCGUGAACUUGGGAGGGGGUACUAUCACAAGGGCAGAGCUAGUAGGAAUAGAGCAAGGGUUGAAGUUAGCAUGGGAUCUUGGAGUAAGGAAGGUCCUCGUUCAAAGUGACUCUACAACAGCAAUUGAUCUCAUUGAGGCGGCCUCGCAACAUAAUCCUCAUUAUAGACACAUUGUCGAGAUUAGACAGUGGUUGAGUCGGGACUGGCAGGUCAAGCUGGAGCAUAUCUUUCGGGAAGCCAAUCAUACCGCCGACUAUUUGGCUUCUCUAGGGCACUCUCUUCCUGUAGGCCUUCAUGUGUUUGAUGUGCCUUCGAGCAUGCUAGCUCAUUGGUUGUACUUUGACAGUAUUGGGGUUCAAAACCCGCGUUACCUUAAUACUUAAAGGUUGGGGCGCCCUUAGCGCUCCAUUUUCCCACCAAAAAAAAAAAUAGAGGCAAGUGAUACAAUCCAACCAACCACUUGCGACAACCCAGCCACCCAGCUGCACACACCAACUCUUGCACUUCAGAAUCUAAACCCAGUGUCGUUUCUGUCAGGAACUGGUAGGAAAGAAUCGGUUGAAGGUGUGAUUAAUCACUCUCCUUAGAGUGUUAUUUGUCCCCACUACAAAUUGCUGGUAGGCUCGAGCAAGCCACCCCCAGAAGUCCCUUCAAUUUUAAGUCUGGAAGCAGCAAUCUUGCAGACUUCUGUGGUUAUGAAAGAAAGAUGGAAAACGGGAAGAAGAAGAAUUCUCUCGCGUCCAUCAAAAAGAGUUAUGGCAGUCAUCUAUUUAUAGUUGUGAAAACUGGAAGUUACCUCCAAAGAGACGCAUCCUUUCACAAAAAAAGUUAGUCACCUUUCUUGAAAGGACACAUCCUUUCACAAUAUUCAAACGCUAAUUAAUUAAUAUAAAAUUAAUUAAUUAAACUGCCAAAAGACUCAAUUCUUAUACUUUCCUUCUCCCAUCAAUGUCGCAUUACAACUCAAUUGACUAACUCUGACAAUCCCCCACUUAGUCAACAAGAGUUGAGAAUAACUGCCGCGAACAAGUAACACAUACAUAAAGGUAUCUUUUCGAUUUGAACCUUUACCUAGUGUAAGCAACUCAAAGUUGAUAACGAAUCAGUGACGGGCUUCAUCCUAGGAGUCACGAUCCAAAGCUAUAAACGGAGAUGCCACACACGUACUUUUCUCUUCUCUAAACCACAACCACCAACAAGGGUAGCACUCUUAUGGCCAUGUGUUGAUCCUGUUUCAUGAGCAUAUACAAAAGUUGACAUCCACUUUUGUUAGAGCGGCACCACUCUUAAUGCUCACAUAGGUGACAUUCUAAAUGAAUUCAUUAAGAGUUCUAUAACUCAUCUCAAGAGUUCUAUAACUCACCCUUUUUUGGACUAAUUUACUUGUACAAAUAAAUUAGUGCAUCGGUUAGAGUAACUUGUUAUUACCACAUUGAACGUUUUAAUUAGUGAAUACCUAAAGAAAAGGUUGGGUUCCCAUUACUUCUAACAUCACAUGAGGUCUCAAUCCCAUCCCUUGGGAUGUCUCAUAGAUCAUGCCUCUUGGUAAUCACUUGGUAAGAGAAUCUGCCAAAUUAUUGCUUGAUCGUAUAUACACAAUAGAAAUGAUUACAUUAGUAAUCAAAUAUCUAGACUUACCAUUGCAACUCUUGACAAAGUAACCUCACUAUCACAAAAGACGGAAAUGGCUGACAUCGGUUGUGGCCACAACUCUAUACUUAAGAACAUGUCUCUUAGCCAUUGUGCCUCUUUUCCAACGGCCGCAAGGGCUAGGAAUUCAUAUUCCUUAGUGGAGUGUGUAACACACUUUUGUUUCUUCGACCCCAAUAAAUAACUCCAUCACCUAGUGUAAAAUCCACCUGUUGUAGAUUUAUUAUCACUAGAACUUGCUAUCCAACUAGCAUCAAAACCAUCUCCCUCACAAUUCUACCACUUGCCGAACUAUCAUGAAAUAAUUCUAUUUAAUUUUUCAUGGUCUUACUUAUUGAACUUUCACAACCACUACAUUGAUCUAAUUGUUUACCAAUGGUAUGGACUAAUUAAAUUAUCAUACCACAAACAAUUCAGACAUUAUUAGGAAUAUCAUCUAAUUACUUACCAAUGGAAUUGGUCAAGAUAACUUGAGAUGCCACAAGCAAUUCAGUUGCAUUUCCAUAUUGUAUUGGAAAUACCAUCUAAUUACUUACCAAUGACAUUUCAUGAAGGUAACUUGACAUACCACAAGCAAUUUAAAUGAAUAUUCUAAGUCAAUCGUCUAAUUACUUACCAAUGGUAUACACUUCAUAAAUGUACCAUAAGUAAUUCAGACUUUAAGUUCAAUAUGAUCAUCUCAAUUGAGCUCUCAUGCCAAAUUGUUUUCCAAUGGUAUAUGUCUACAUAAUCGAUAAACAAUUCUGACAAAUAUCUUCACAUAAUAAUCAAAUGUCAAAUUGUUUUCCAAUGGUAUAGUGUAUGUAUACCAUAAACAAUUCUGAAGAUGAUUAUUUUGAUGAUCACCAUGCUUUGGCAAACUUAUUCAAUCCCUAUAAGGAUCCAUCUUAGUUUCAUUUUCCUUGCUCUCAUGGCAUAUGAAACAUGACAUCAUAAACCAAUACAUGAUAAACAAAUUACCAAAUCGGGGAAACGCUUUUCACCAUUAUUUCAAUUUACUUCAAGAUGACAACCCAAAACAAUUUUGUUAUCUAAACCAAAUUGUUCCAUCCUGCAAGCAUCAAAAUAGAAGCUCAUCCAAAUUCAAAUACAAUUGAAUUUUCUUGAACUCUUCUCAUAAUAGGAAUUAUGAGUUUGUUCUCAUCUCAAAUACUACAAAAGUAUUUGAUAUCACUUAACCAAACCAAUUCACCAAAUUGGUUCAUCAAACACCAAAUUGAAUUCCAAUUUUUUCUCUCAAACCAUGUUAUAACAUAAACAUGGAAACUGAACAUGAGCAACAUUAUCUAGCAAUCAUGUACUCUGUCUACGAAUGUAUCAAGAAUAAGGUACAGAUUGUUACCUAUUUCCGAUUCUUGUCCAAAUGUCAUUUGCCUCAGUUUUUAAGGAAUGUCAGAGUGCCUCUCCCCCUUCAUGGAGCAACCUCCACCUUUCUACCAUUACAGAUCCUUAUGCAUUGGACCAUCAUUCAUUCGCAUGGUCCAGGAACUGAGUUCCUCUCAAUAUAUGCCUAACCAGAUGCAUGCAAUGCAUCCAUUCUAUCUUUGAUGACAACUGAAUGCCACUUUGCCAUUUUUCUUCUCCAGGAACCAAUCAAGAAAAAGAACAAACAUAUAUAUGCAAAAUAUAACAUCCAUUGCAACUUCCACAGGGUUACGAUGCAUGAAUUAAUUUUCUUGUUCAAAUCAACCAUGCAGCUACAUAGCAUAGGCCAUAGGGACAGUUACACCCUGGUUACUUUAACGCUGACAAGCAAAAUUAUUUUAUGGCAAACUUUAUUAAUGAAUCAAAUCCCACCAAGCACGAAGGAUUACAUUGAUUAAUUAAUCCUGGCAAUCUUAACGAUCACUGUUUCACUGAUAAUCACGGGAGGCAUGGAAAAUGUAUUUCAUCAUGUAAUCAAUAUAUUCGCCGACAUCUAUUUACAUAGCCGCACAGUUAUAUAUAUGUAUACCAAUCGAACCAAUUAAACAUCAAUCAACAACUUGAAAAAGAAGAAUGCAUUACCCGGUUGUCAUUCCUUUCUUUCUCUUAUACAAAGGAAAUGUUUCCAACGAAUCGAACAUUCUUUUCUGGCGUACCGAUACUUCGAAGUCCGAAAACCAACGAACACAACAAGACAACGAGAACCACAUUUAGCUUGUUGGAAUCAGAAGCAUACGCCUUCAACGUACUUUCCACUUCAGAUUCAAUUUUUUCAAACAAAUAACACUCUAAGAUUGUCAGGAACUGGUAGGAAAGAAUCGGAUUGAAGGCGUGAUUAAUCACUCUCCUUAGAGUGUUAUUUUCCCCCACUACAAAUUGCUGGUAGGCUCGAGCAAACCACCCCCAGAAGUCCCUUCAAUUUUAAGUUUGGAAGCAUCAAUCUUGCAGACUUCUGUGGUUAUGAAAUAAAGAAGGAAAACGGGAAGAAGAAGAAUUCUCUCUCAUCCAUCAAAAAGAGUUAUGACAUUCAUCUAUUUAUAGUUGUGAAAACUGGAAGUUACCUCCGAAGAGUAUAGGUGUCAAUCGGGCGGGUUCGGGCUGGGUUCAAUCGGGUUCGGGUUCAAACGGGUUGCGGGUUAGUCGGGUUGCGGGUUCAUCGGGUUCGGGUUUAUCAGGUUCAGGUUCAAACGGGUUGCGGGUUAGUCGGGUUGCGGGUUCAUCGGGUUUGGGUUCAAUCGGGUUGUGGGCAAAUCGGGUUGCGGGUUCAUCGGGUUUUGGGUCGGGCGGGUUGCGGGCGGGUCGGGUUUCGGGUUGUUCGGGCCAGCGCAUCAAGUAACUUAACUCAUUACUCAUUACCAACUUACACAUUUUAUUACACUAAUUUAAAAUAUUUUCUCAACUUUUUAACCAAUUUAUUUCUACCUCGUAUAUAUAUACUUUAUUUUUUUGAAAAAAACUAGUCAAAAUUUUAAAUCAAUUUGUAUGACUUGCAAACUUGUUAUGUAAUUAAUCAUAAUUGGUAAAGUAUUAUAGCUAAUAGUAAUGGUGAUAUCAAUAUUUGCAACCAAAAGACACCGUUAAUUGUUUAUUUGAUAUUUUAGUAUUAAUUCAGUAGUAAUUGAAUUAAAGUAUCUAGUUUAGUAUAACCAUACAAAUCUGGUAUUUGGCGUGUGGUAAUUGGCAAAAACAUAGUGAUAAAAGGAGUUAUUUCAAAAUAACUUAUUGCCCAAAUAACUUCAGUAAACUGUUGUCAAACGAGUUAUUUGUAAAAUUGUUCGAAUUAUCCUAAAAAUUGAACCAUUAAAGAUUAGCUAUCAAAUUUAGUAAAAUUAUUGUGACUUCAAUCAUAACUUACUCAAUAGCAUAUAUCCUAUACACUUAGCCUUACCCUCAAUCAACAAUAUUAAGUUAGUAUAUGUUGUUGAUUGUAUACACUAAACCAUCAAUACAUUAUACACUAACCACAUAACCUAUACCCUAAUCAUAUGUCAUUGAGUUGUGAUUUUGCUAGUAUAGUUAAUUUAAAAGUGAAAUUCAUACUUUGAUUUUCAAAACAUAGAUAAAAAGUGAUAUUUGCUAAUUGUUAUACCCUAACCAUAUAUCCUAUACUUUACACCACAUACAUUGUACCCUGACCACGUACCAUAAACAUAAAUUAAAAAGGGAUCUCCUGCCGUUAAAGACUUCAAAUGACUUCAAGUGAACAUAUGUUAAUAAAAAAUUUAGAACCGU